GCCGGCCUCUCACCACGCCUCCGGCUUUGUGAGCGCGCGGGAGGGGGGGGGCUGGCGGAGCGCCCACGGCGCAGCCUCCCGCCUCUAUAUAAACACACGCAUCGCCUGGCUUUGGACUCAAAUUCACAUUGAGAGAAGCUUUUAAAACCACCAGCCCUGAAAUCUUGCCUCCUGCUUUUCCUCCUUUCAUUCCUUUUGCCUUCCUUUUCUUUUCCCCCCCUUUCUUCCCCCAGCAGCAACUCCAGAGCUGAGAGCCUGCGUCCCGGGACGGACUGCCUUUUCUUAAUUGAUACAAUAGCCCAGCUCCGGUUUUCACCUCCUCCCCCAACCCCACCCCGCCUCACCCCUCCCGCCCGCCGCCGCCCCAGCGCCCGCCCUGGGCUCUGUCGCCGGCUGCUUCCCAUCCCGGCCUCGGUCCGCCGGCUCCGCACCCGCGCUCCGGCCACCGCGCCGCCUCGCCCGCCGUGCCCGCCUUGGGGGUGCAGCGGCGGCUCUGGGGCUCGGGCGCGCCACCCGGGGCAGCCCAGGGACGCUGGGCUCGGCCUGUCCACUCGCCUCGGCUGGGGAGCCUUUCCCCUCGCCCCCAAAGUUACUGGGUUCGUUGGAAUUUUUGGAUUCAGAAUUUUUUCCUUUUUUUUUUCUAGCUAGGAAUUUGAGGGGGGAACUUUUGACCAAUUGAUCGCACUUUCUCUGUGCUACCUCUCUGUCUCCCUUUUUUUUCCUUUUUUUUUUCCCCCGAGCAGGGGAAGGGGCUUACGAGAGAGGCUCCCGCUGGACAAAGUUUUCCAAAGUUUUCCGAGUGUGAUGGUUGCGGGGAGAGCUAAUCCACCAGCUUGACUCACGGCUUCAUCUCACCACCCCUCGAGCAGCCCCUAAGUCCGCUAUAAGGGAACAAACAAACAAACAAACAAACAAAGUUACACUCCGAGUCGCCUCGUGUCUCCUCUCUCUUCUUCUAGGCAAUUUUUUUUUCUCCCUCUCUCCGCUCCCCUCGCAGCCUCCACUCCCCUUCCCUUGGCCCCUUCCUCCUUCUCUGUUUCGGCUGGAGGUGCCAGGACCCCCGGCCACAGCCUCCCCUCCCCCGCGGCUCCGGUCCCUUCUCGUCCGGCCCUCCCCUCCCCCGCCGCUGCCGGCACAGCCAAUCCCCCGAGCGGCCGCCAACAUGCUCUUUGAGGGCUUGGAGCUGGUGUCGGCUCUGGCCACCCUCGCCGCGUGCCUGGUGUCGGUGACGCUGCUGCUGGCUGUGUCGCAGCAGCUGUGGCAGCUACGCUGGGCUGCCACCCGCGACAAGAGCUGCAAGUUGCCCAUCCCCAAGGGCUCCAUGGGCUUCCCGCUCAUCGGAGAGACCGGCCACUGGCUGCUACAGGGUUCCGGCUUCCAGUCCUCGCGGAGGGAGAAGUAUGGCAACGUGUUCAAGACGCACUUGCUGGGGCGGCCACUGAUCCGUGUGACGGGCGCGGAGAACGUGCGCAAGAUCCUCAUGGGCGAGCACCACCUCGUGAGCACCGAGUGGCCGCGUAGCACACGCAUGCUUCUGGGCCCGAAUACGGUGGCUAACUCCAUCGGCGACAUCCACCGCAACAAGCGCAAGGUCUUCUCCAAGAUCUUCAGCCAUGAGGCUCUGGAGAGCUACCUGCCCAAGAUCCAGCUGGUGAUCCAGGACACACUGCGGGCCUGGAGCAGCCGCCCCGAGGCCAUCAACGUGUACCAGGAGGCACAGAAACUCACCUUCCGCAUGGCCAUCCGCGUGCUCCUGGGCUUCAGCAUUCCCGAAGAGGAACUCGGGCAUCUCUUCGAGGUCUAUCAGCAAUUUGUGGAGAAUGUCUUCUCCCUGCCUGUCGACUUGCCCUUUAGUGGCUACCGGAGGGGCAUUCAGGCACGGCAGACCUUACAGAAGGGCUUGGAAAAGGCAAUCCGGGAGAAGCUGCAGUGCACGCAGGGCAAGGACUACUCGGACGCACUGGAUAUCCUCAUCGAGAGCAGCAAGGAGCACGGGAAGGAGAUGACCAUGCAGGAGCUGAAGGACGGGACCCUGGAGUUGAUCUUUGCAGCCUAUGCCACCACUGCCAGCGCCAGCACGUCACUCAUCAUGCAGCUGCUGAAGCACCCAGCUGUGCUGGAGAAGCUGCGGGAAGAGCUGCGGGCCCAGGGCAUCCUGCACAGCGGCGGCUGCCCCUGCGAGGGCACGCUGCGCCUCGACACGCUCAGCGGCCUGCACUACCUGGACUGCGUCAUCAAGGAGGUCAUGCGCCUCUUCACGCCCAUUUCUGGCGGCUACCGCACCGUGCUGCAGACCUUCGAGCUUGAUGGUUUCCAGAUCCCCAAAGGAUGGAGUGUCAUGUACAGCAUCCGGGAUACCCACGACACAGCGCCCGUGUUCAAAGACGUGAACGUAUUUGACCCCGACCGCUUCGGUCAGGCUCGGAGUGAAGACAAGGACGGCCGCUUCCAUUACCUCCCCUUCGGUGGUGGGGUCCGGACCUGCCUGGGCAAGCACCUGGCGAAGCUCUUCCUGAAGGUGCUGGCGGUGGAGCUGGCCAGCACGAGCCGCUUUGAGCUGGCUACCCGGACCUUCCCCCGCAUCACCUUGGUCCCUGUCCUGCACCCCGUGGAUGGCCUCAGUGUCAAGUUCUUUGGCCUGGACUCCAACCAGAACAAAAUCCUGCCAGAGACGGAGGCCAUGCUGAGCGCCACGGUCUAACAGGGCCUGGCCCACACCCCCACCUCAGCCCAGCCAGGCCAUGGGGUGGGAGGAGAUGGAAGGGUAGAAACCUGUGUGUGGGAGGGAGCUGGAACCCAGGGAGGGGGGAGCGGCCCUCAUACCUUGCCCUCCCCUGUCCCCCCUCCCUGGCAAAUCCUACCCAAAGCCAAAAGGGCCUCCUUCUUCUGGGGCACAGGGCCCGCCUCCUGGCUCCUGCUUUUCCCAGUCUCUCUCCAGUUCCCACCAGCUUAGCUCCUGGGACAGGGCAUGGCUGGGGGCUCUGCAUGCCCACUACAGUGUUACAUGUCAGUUAGCUCACACUGCAGCGUUCGCCUGUGAUCUCCCCAGUGAGCCCCUCCCUUCCCAUCUCAUUUGGACCCUUUUAGUUUGAGGUCAAGUGGUUGACGUAGGGUGGGGGAGGAAAAGAGGUGUCCUCUUCAGCACCCGUCUCCCCUCCUGCCUCUCCUCAGACUGGGGCAUGUGCCCCUCUGGGUGUGCGCUAAAGAACAGCAUCCUGGUAUAGAACAUGGUCACUCUUGGCGGAGACAGGGGCUACAGCCAGCCUGGAGGGGUCCCACCCCUUUGCCAGUUUGGACAUUUGAAAUUACCUAUUGCUGCUACUUUUUCUCUCCUCUGACCUUGGGGCAAAGGAGCCCCAGGCUCUGUCCUCCCAGCACCCUCCCUGGUGGCCCCCGGCGUGCGCACAGCACUGACAUCCCCACCGUUCCCCCAAGCAGCCUUGAGCCCACCCUGCUCCCCUGUCACACACACCCAAGGCCCUUGGCUGAUAUUUAUUCACUGAUAUAACCGAAUCUUGGUGUUACUGGGGACUGGAAUAGCAUCUUCUCUGUCCCCUAGCCGCCAUCUCAGCUGUCCUGGGGAAGGACUUCUGCGAGUGACCCAGCCCUCCCUGGCUAAGGGUUGAGCAGCUCCCCCAGCCUCCAGACUUGCUAUGGGUUCAACUUCAGAGCUUCACCCCGGGGGUAAAACCCAGCGCCUCUGCCUUUGUGCCCUGGUGGAGAUGGGGACAUGACCCAAUGCCUCCCUCCCUGCUCUGGCAAAAAUGUGAGGAUUGGAGGCUGCCACCAUCUCCUGCAUAGUCACUGUUCUCCCGGUGCCCCCUACUCAGCUAGUGCGCAUGGGGGAGGAUACGGGUUCUUUCUUCUGAUGGGAGCAAGGGCCUCUGUUGUCCCUUCCUUAACCCUCACCCUUUGCCCUUGGAAAGAUGUCCUUGAAGUCCCUUCCCACCUCUAUGCCACUGUCUGCUUAGCCCAGCUCAGGGGUGUGGGGAUGAGAUGAAAGCAAGGGGAGGUGAGUCGAAGGCAGUGCUUCCUCAGAGCUGACUUGGGCCUGGCCUCUGCCCUGGUCUUGAGGCGGCUUCAGGGGAGGCUGCAGCAAGAACCGAAGAGGAGGAGGAGGAGGAGGAGGAAGAGGAGGAGGAGGAGGAGGGGGCAGGUAUGUGUGAUUUGUCAGAAGUGAUUUGCUUGAAAACUGGCCGGUCAGGGGAAAGAGGAGUAGUUUCUGCCUCCGGCAUUUUGAGUGUUGGCAAUUUAGAAUGCCUCCUGGGGCCGGUGUGGGGCCUUUGGUGAGUCUUCAGUGAUUUUGUCUGUUUUCGGAUUUUUCUUUGCUUUCCAUGUUUCUCUAUUGGUUUUUGAUGUUAUAAAAGCAGUGAAUCUUUUUUACAAGAAAACGAGAAACACAGAAGAAGAUGCUUGCCUCUCCAAGCGGUGACCACUGUGACGGCUCAGUGGCCGCCCCUGACGGUGUUGAGUGGGCAGAUCGGAAGGCGCCCCCACCCCCCCAACUUUGGCUUUUACUCACACCAACCCGGUGGUAGACUUUAUGGGAAAGAGCUCACACCCCCUGGACUGUCCUAUAACCCUCUAUUCUUGAGUGUUUCAUUUGGUUCCUACUUUUUCACUAUUAAAAAACAGCGUAGAACAGACAUUAGUGGCAAAAAUCGACAUUUUAAAAAACAUAGUACAUCUCUCAAUUUCUCCACAUUCCGAAAAACAGGCAAAACUGUGGAAAGACUCGUCAAAGCUUGCAAAAUAGCUGCAUGGUGCAGCAGAAUUGGUCACCCACAAAAAAAUCCCAGUGUCUGGAAGGUUCGUGUGCCUUCGAGCUGACCCAGUUUGCCCCAAACCAGCCAGUCUCGACUGAAUAUCUAGGAAUGCAGUGAGUGCAGCUUCAGACAGGAAGCCCACCGGCUGGCCCUGGAGAGGGGUGGGGGGUGGAGGGCUGGAGGGCUUUGGAAGGCCUCAGUGGCCUUCUGUUGGAGGGACCUGCCUGGGAGGGGCAGAGAAAAGGCUGAGGGGGAUCCCUGUGAGGGAGGAAAGAAGGAUCAUUUGUCCCGCUGGGUCUCAAAGGCAACAAGUAGAGAACUGAAGAAAGCUCUUGACUGGCUGACGGGAGGGUUCCAAUGUCGAAAUUCAUCCAUCUCUCCUCUACGUGUCCAUCGUGUGUGUGUGUGUGUGUGUGUGUGUGUGUGUGUGUGUGUAGAUUUUAUAGACAUAGCAUUAGAUGGGUGAUGUUUUCUCACUUACCAUUCCUAAAUAUUGUAACUUGACAUUAAAAAGACAAAACCCCACAAAACUCUUCCUGCCACGGGCUUGCAGAUUGAAGCACUUUCGAUGUUUUGGGCGCUGGCGUUUAUGUUCUGGGCACCAUCCUGACCCUGCCCAGAUGGCUAUAAUAUUUUAUACACAAAACUUUUUUUUUUUUCAUAAAUGUUAUAAUUUUGUGUCUGUCUUUAUAAACUAUUAUAAGUACUAUUUUUGUUAUAAUUCAAAAUAGAUAUUUAGUAUAAAGUUUUUGCUGUUAAAUAUUUGUUAUUUAGUAAAAUAUGAAUUUUUCUCUAUUGUAAACAUGGUUCAAAAUAUUAAUAUGUUUUUAUCACAGUUGUUUUAAUAUUGAAAAAGCACUUGUGUGUUUUGUUUUGAUAUGAAACUGGUGCCGUGUGAGUGUUUUUGCUGUCAUGUGGUCUUAAUCUGUAUAUAAUAUUCCAUGUUGCGUAUUAAAAAAUGAAUGUUGUGCAUUUUGUGAUUUUGAAAGUACUCAUUGUGGCUCUUUUAUAGGCUUCCAUAAUAAACCGUGGGGACUCA